UACUCGCUGCAGUCGAACAUGAAGACACUAAUAUUAUUUGUUGCCCUCGUUGGAUACGCUCAGGCACUUUUCUACUCCGAUGUACUGGAGGAGGAAUGGAAUCGUUUUCAAAUCGAUUACACUAAGUUCUAUGAGACUGAAGAUGAAGCAUUGCUGCGCAGACUGAUUUUCGAAGACAACAAACGGAGGAUCGACAAACACAACAGAAGAUUUAUGGCUGGAUUGGAGAGCUACGAAAUGGGCGUCAAUCAGUUCACGGACUUAUUGCCAAAAGAGUUCCAAAGCCAAAUGCUAAGUGCACUCAACAUUACGGAGGCAGAAGGUCUCAUCGACUUUAGAUACACUGCACCGAGAGACGUAGAUCCGCCGAGCAGCAUCGAUUGGCGCGCCAGGGGAGCUGUAACUCCAGUGAUGGAUCAGGGAGAGAAUUGUGAAUCAUGCUGGGCUUUUGCGACAACGGGCACGCUGGAGGGUCAGACUUUUGUGAAGACAGGUCGGCUGGUCCAACUUUCUGCACAGAACUUGGUGGACUGCUCGAGUGAUGAACCAUACAACAAUAACUGCGGAGGAGGUUUGGCAGCAAGAGCUCUAAGGUAUAUUAUGGACAAUCAUGGCAUCAAUACGGAGUCGUCAUAUCCCUACCAGGGCACUAUGCAGCAAUGUCGAUACGAUAGUCGCAACAUUGGGGCAACUGUUCAAGGUCGUUCCUUGGUAGAAGACAAGAGUGAAGCGAAUCUGGCAGCUGUAACGGCAUUCCAUGGUCCCGUUUCAGUAGCUGUUGACGGUAGAGACUUGCAGAAUUAUAGCAGCGGAGUUUACAAUAAUCCCAACUGUUCAAAAACAAAAUUGAAUCAUGCUAUGGUUGUUGUUGGCUAUGGCAACGAUAAAAGCGGUGGCGAUUACUGGCUGGUCAAGAAUUCCUGGGGCACAACUUGGGGCGAAAGCGGUUACAUUCGUAUGUCUCGUAAUCGAAACAAUCAAUGUGGGAUUGCAAGCUUUGCUGUCUUUCCGAUGGUGUGAAUUUAAUCUGUGGUUUUCAAUAAAGAGUUUGAUUCAUCA